UUCAGAAUCACCAAUUUUGUUGACAUUUUUGCAGCAGAGGAACAAAAGAUAAUCCGCAUGCCACUUUGACUAUGGCGACUCUUCAGAAUCAGAAUACGAAGCAGAUAUAAAAGAUGGCAACGCUAUUUGCCAACUUUUUAUUUAUGCACGACAACUUGGAUACAUAACGUUAAAUCAUCGCAGAUAUGAAAGCGUACUUACAGGAGGAACUUCGUCAGCAAUCAUACCCUGAAAACAAGUAAAAAAACGUAUUCUAUCAAGUGUCGCGAAAGAACUGGUGGUUACAAUGUUAAGGGGGAGGAUUGUAAUCGAGACGCAAGGAUGCUUAAGAAACUUGGGUUUGUUAUUUUCGCUCUUUGUGUAUGCAAUGUACACACUGACAUGCAAACAGAAGCAACGAAGGCGUGUAAAGAGAAACCGACAUUUUACGACGGUACAAUCAAAGUGUUGAACGCCUUUGGUGAUCAUUUGAACAUGCAAGUGGGCAACGGAGACAAACACAACAAGGCACAUGUGAUACCUACUGAUGCAAUGCGUACAAUGAUAUGCAAAGAAUUCAGUAGCUUCAGGGCAUCUGGCAAGAUCAGUGAAUGGAAAAUAGCAAUCGGUCAGUUAAUUACCAAACUUCAUAGUAUUGACACAGAAUGGAAAGACCAAUCGACUUUGAAAAAAGAUAAAUCAUGGCUUGCAUUUGAAAAACAAAACGACAAAAACAAAGGAGAUUGUAACACAAAACUUGGUAAAUUUACUGACGGGGACAAGCGGUCAGACGCCUUGAUAGCGGCCGACUUGGCUGCAUUGUUUAGGUGCACAAACAGCGCACCCGCUAAUUUGAGGAUUGGUUAUAGCGACACUAACAGCGUCAUAGGGAAUAUGCUGGAUCCAGUUUUAAAACAUCCAGUGGACGAAAAGCACUUGGUCACAGCGUCAGAUUUAACUACGAAAUCAAGAAGUUAUCAAACUGAUUACGGAUCAAAGUACGGAUUGCAGUACAAAACGUACAGCGAUGGUGGUAUUAUGACAUCAGAUCAACCGCUUCGUAAACCGUAAAAUACUAUGCAAACAUUCUUUAAAUGACAUUUUCAUGUGAACGUAUGUUAAUAAUUAUAUAUAAACAUAAAAUAAUUUAACAUUAAACUCAUAUAAAGUUAAUAUUCCUGGGUUCGUUUAAUAUGUUCACAUAUACAUGGUCGUUCAGCAUUUUUGUUUUUCUUAUAGUAAAAUUUCGACCUCCUUAUUGGAGGUCUUCAUCAGGCUAUACAAAAAUGUGUCGUUACUCAGGGUUACCAUUACAUUGACAAAAAAUCGACGUCACUGCAACGACUUCCGUCUAAGGUACGCGAACAUUGGUCUCCAGAAUUUCGUCGUCAUAUACUGACCUCCAAUAAGGAGGUCGAAAUAUUACUAAAAGAAAAACAAAAAUGCUGAACGACCAUAUGUCUUUUAAUUACUAUGUGAACAUAUUAAAUGCACCCAGGAAUAUUAACUUUAUAUGAGUUUAAUGUUAAAUUAAUUUUAUGUUAAUAUAUAAAUCCAAAAGAUGUCUAAAAAGUGAUUCAACAAAUCUUUCUUCCUCCAAGAACUAAGGAAUGACAACACAUUACUACACUCUCACAAUUUUUAUUAUAUUUUUUGUCCCACAUUAAAAAAAACCCAAAAUUGGAAGAUAAUGUAAUCAGUUAUGUUCAGCAAAUAUUUGAAGGAAAGUUGAUUAUUGUGAUUUGUUUAUGGGGGAUAUGUCUAUUCGAAAAACGUAAAUAGCAUUCAUUUAUUGGGGUAGAACAUGUCCUUGCUUUAUUAUGCAAUCGAUUUCGGAAGUCAUUAUUAUUUCUUAUAUUUAAAAAACAGUUUUAAGCCAGGGAUAUUGUAAAUUUAGUCCCCAAGAAUCGCGCGAUCUUAUAUUACAAAAAUACUUAAACUACUAUCUAGUCCCUAAGUAUCAGUUUCAAAAGAAGAAAACAUAAGGUUCAAAAUGGCAACGAGAGUGAGCGGACGUGUGAGAUCGAAUCUUAUUUUAUUACAAUUUUGUUAUUCUUUUGGAUAUUUAUAUGUGUAUUAACUAUCAAGAAACAACCAUUUGUUAAUUCUGAUCAUUGGUUUAUACUUUCUGAAGAUGCCACUUGAAAUGAAAGUUUUAUAUAUAUUCCUUGUUUUAUGUUGUUAUUUCACGAAGGGGAUACAUAGUAUAUUAUUUGUAAAAA